AUGGACAGUGUCACAGUUGGUAAUGCAACGAGAGGAACAGGCCCUGAGCCAUCCUCUAGAUAUGGUCGCACAUGUUCAACCUUGGAUGUUGAUUCCGAUCAUACCUCUCAUACUGAUGUUUGAAGGUAGCGAACUUUCUUACGACACCGUGCUCUUCUAUAAACAUCAUUACGCUCCUGUUCAAAACAAAAUCACCUUACUAAGCCAGUUGCAAAAUUUAGAAUAUCUUCUUCUUGUCAACACUUCUGGGAUAACAUUGAAUAUCUUUGGAAUAGUGAAGGCAACAGUGCAAUCAAAGGAAACUUUUCUCUUUCAGGAAGUUGCAACAUUGCUACUGGCACAUCUUCUAAAUAAUGAUCAUCUCUCAGCGGUGAAUGUAGCUGGCUUGGUUCUCUGUUUAUGUGGAAUGACUCUUCAUGGAAUGUCGAGAAGACGACAAAGGUAAGU